AUGGCUGAUAUCGAUAAGCAAUUAAGUUUACGAAUCGCGAAGUUAUCAGACAAUAAUUACCGAACGUGGAAGAUAGAAAUGAAAUGGUAUCUCAAGGGCAAGGGAUUACUAGACCACGUGCUUAGGAAAGUUGAAUUAGCGGAGUUGACUACAGAUGAACAAAGGAGAACACAUCAAAUACAAGCUAUUGGAUUGCACAUUGAACCUAACCAACAAGUUCACAUUGAAGAUUGCACAGAUGCCCGUGACGCAUGGAUCGCCCUAGAUCAAGUGCAUCAGCCCAAAUCUAGAGUAAGAAUAUUGCAGUUAAAGAAAAAACUUUACCAGUCUAGGAUGAAGGAAGACGAAUCAAUGUCGUCAUAUGUAUCCCGAGUUAAAAUAGUUGUCAAAAAUCUCAACGAAACAGGCUGUGAAGUACGAGACGAUGACACAGCGUACACUUUACUAGUCGGAUUGCCAAACGACUAUGAAAACUUAAACAUGUCUUUAGCUAACUUACCAGAUGAACAGUUUACCUCGUUAGAGAUAACAAAAAUACUACUGACUGAGUGUGAUAGGCGCAAAUCCAGAUGCACCGACAACAACGAAGACCACAUGGAAGCAUUGAAUCCACGAAAGGGACCAAAAUAG